AGGAAUCUUAUACCCAGUGAAUUGUCCCUCAAAUAGAAUGCCAAAAUUAGAACAUUUCCAGAUAAACCAAUGAAAGGCACUUGCAAACACCAGACUGACCUUACAAGAUAUACUACAGGGAGUUAUUUGGAUAGAGGACUAGCUCUGGCAAACAGCGUCCUGCGAUUAGCAUGCAUGACAAUGCCUGGGAGAAAGCAACUCAGAUAUGGAAGCAUCCAAAGUAAAGCAGAUUUACAAGAUUGAAAAUUGACAAUCAGCGAUAGCCAUUUUAAUGAAGGCCAUUGCAAAGUAAAAUGAGAAAAUAGUGUGGUUACAGAACUUGGAAAUGGAGAGGAAGUCAAGUGGAUUCCAAGAGCUUGGGUGAAGGGAAAGGCAGUUACAGUAAGAGAGAUUGACCAAGAACGAUGGAGGUGAGCGAGCACACUGGGAGGAGUGCAAGUUAGAGGCCAUAGAGGUAACUGCUGUUUGUGAAAAUGAUGCAUAAUGUGGCCUCCUCCAGCUACACAGGGAGAAGGAGGAUCCAUCUUCACAGCAGCCCAAGUCCAGUUGCCACAAGGCAGAGGUCAGACAUGCCUUCCCUCUGUCUUUACCCUAUUCUGACACUGACCAUUCUUCCCACGGCACUCUACCUCUCUGCUGGGCUUGCUAAUCUUGUCAUGGCCACACAGAACUCACAGACAAUAUUCACAAUUAUGGGGAGUUAUUAGGGAAGAUAACAGCAUCGUAAAACAUUGAGGAUACAGUCUGGUCCACAGCAACAACUCUCCUCAGACAGCAUCCAAGUCUCUGUGGUCCUCAGCCACUUGAUCCCUUGGCUUCUCGAGUCCAUUAGGAAGUCCACCUGUUGCUCUGCCUUACAAUCUCAGUCUCAGCGCUGUUCUGCUCUGUCUCGUGGUCUCCUUGCCUUCCUCUGGUCUUGGUGUGGGCUGGCCUCUAUUGUCUCUGCCAUUUCAAGCAGGGUAAGAUCUCAAACACUGCUCUACUAGUAGCUUUUCUUCUUUGGUAGCCCCAAGAAUUCUCCAGUCAGGUUUCAGGUAUGCCUCAUUCUAUAACCUGGUGAAUGGUAAAACUGACCAGUUCCCUCUCUUAGGUUGUCACACUCCCUGUUUGCAUAGUCCACUCAAUCAGUCAUUUGGUGAAGGUUACAGAGACCUGGAAGGAAGAACCAUAGUAAGAAAUCUCAUUUCAGCACACUUGUAUGCACAGUCGUGCAAAAAUGAAAAUGAUAAUUGUCCAUAUGAGUAGAAAUGUGGAUACACAUGUGGACUUGUGGGGGGAAGAGUGGGAAUAAACUCGCGUGUAGAUUUAACAGAUAUUUGAUGUGGGUAAUUAACCUUUGCUAAAUCUAUAUCCAUGGAGCAUACAUGGGAGCAAACUUCUUGAUUACAAUCAGGCACCGAGGGGAAUGAACUGGGCCCUCAAAACCAUAAUCUUGGAACACUAAGGUCAACUGGCUAAACAUAGCCCAGAAACUCUACAUCCAAUUUGGCAUGAGUGGAGAGUACAGAGGCAGAGGAUUUGGACGAGGAAGAUUUCAAAGCUGGAAAAGAGGAAGAGGUGGGAACUAUCCAGGAAAGUGGAAGGAAAGAGAACGUGGAGCUCACCUGAAUAAAGCCAUAGGGAAGCAUACUUCUGAACAUACCCCACAGUCUUUGCUACAACAGUCAACAUUGGAUCGGUUCAUACCAUAUAAAGGCUGGAAGCUUUAUUUCUCUGAAGUGUACAGUGACAGCUCUCCAUUGAUUGAGAAGAUUCAAGCAUUUGAGAAGUUUUUCAUAAGACACGUUGAUUUAUACGAUAAGGAUGAAAUAGAAAAAAAGGGAAGUAUUUUGGUUGAUUUUAAAGAACUGACACAAGACGAUGACAUCACUAACUUGCUACCAAAUGUUUCAAAUGAGCUAAAGGAUACACCUGAGAAAACCUUGGCUUGCAUGGGCCUGGCAAUACAUCAGAUAUUAACACAGGACCUUGAAAAACAUGCAGCUGAAUUGCAAGCCCAAGAAGGGUUGUCCAGCGACGGUGAUACAAUGGUCAAUGUGCCGCAUAUUCACGCCAGGGUGUACAACUAUGAGCCCUUGACACAGCUCAAGAAUGUCCGAGCAAAUUACUAUGGAAAAUACAUUGCUCUUAGAGGGACAGUGGUCCGAGUCAGUAAUAUAAAGCCCCUUUGCACCAAGAUGGCUUUUUUGUGUGCUGCAUGUGGGGAAAUUCAGAGCUUUUCUCUUACAGAUGGAAAAUACGCUCUCCCCACAAAGUGUCCCGUGCCUGCAUGCCGAGGGAAGUCCUUUACUCCUCUCCACAGCUCUCCUCUCACAGUUACGAUGGACUGGCAGUUGAUCAAAAUUCAGGAGCUAAGUUCUGAUGAUCACCGAGAAGCAGGCCGAAUUCCCCGGACAAUAGAAUGUGAGCUUGUUCACGAUCUUGUGGACAGCUGUGUCCCAGGAGACGUCGUGACAGUUACUGGAAUUGUCAAAGUCUCUAAUGCUGAAGAAGGCUCCCGAAAUAAGAAUGACAAAUGCAUGUUCCUUUUGUACAUUGAAGCAAAUUCCAUUAGCAAUAGCAAAGGGCAGAAAGCAAAGACGCCAGAGAGUGGGUCUAAGCAUGAGACGCUGAUGGAGUUCUCACUUAAAGACCUUUAUGCCAUCCAAGAGAUUCAAGCGGAAGAAAAUCUGUUUAAACUCAUUGUCAACUCACUUUGCCCUGUCAUUUUUGGUCAUGAACUUGUUAAAGCAGGUCUGGCAUUGGCACUCUUUGGAGGAAGCCAGAAAUACGCAGAUGACAAAAACAGAAUUCCAGUUCGAGGAGACCCCCACGUGCUCGUUGUUGGAGAUCCGGGCUUGGGAAAGAGUCAAAUGCUACAAGCAGCAUGCAAUAUUGCCCCACGUGGCAUAUUUGUUUGUGGUAAUACCACUACCACCUCCGGUCUGACGGUCACUCUUUCAAAAGAUAGUUCCUCUGGAGAUUUUACAUUGGAGGCUGGUGCCCUGGUACUUGGCGAUCAAGGUAUUUGUGGGAUCGAUGAAUUUGAUAAAAUGGGGAACCAACAUCAAGCCUUGUUAGAAGCCAUGGAACAGCAGAGUAUUAGUCUUGCUAAGGCUGGAGUGGUCUGUAGCCUUCCUGCGAGAACUUCCAUUAUUGCUGCUGCAAAUCCAGUCGGAGGACAUUACAAUAAGGCCAAAACAGUUGCUGAGAAUUUAAAAAUGGGGAGUGCUCUGUUGUCCAGAUUCGACUUGGUCUUUAUCCUGUUAGACACCCCAAAUGAGGACCAUGACCACUUACUCUCUGAACACGUGAUUGCAAUAAGAGCUGGCAAGCAGAAAGCUGUCAGCAGUGCCACGGUAGCCCGCGUGGCCAGUCAAGAUUCAAAUACUUCUGUACUUGAAGUGGUUUCUGAUAAACCGUUGUUAGAAAGACUGAAGGUGAUGCCUGGAGAAGCAAUAGACCCCAUUCCCCACCAGCUCUUGAGAAAAUACAUUGGCUACGCCCGGCAGUAUGUCUAUCCCAGGCUCUCCACAGACGCCGCCCAAGUUCUUCAGGACUUUUACCUGGAGCUUCGGAAACAGAGCCAGCGGUUAAAUAGCUCACCAAUAACAACCAGGCAGCUGGAAUCUCUAAUUCGUUUAACAGAGGCACGAGCGAGGUUGGAAUUGAGAGAGCAAGCAACCAAAGAAGAUGCUGAGGAUAUAGUUGAAAUUAUGAAACAUAGCAUGCUGGGAACUUACUCUGAUGAAUUUGGGAACUUAGAUUUUGAGCGCUCACAGCAUGGCUCUGGAAUGAGCAACCGGUCUGCAGCCAAAAGAUUUAUUUCUGCUCUCAACAACAUUGCUGAAAGAACUUAUAAUAAUUUAUUUCAAUUUCAUCAACUUCGACAAAUUGCCAAAGAGCUAAACAUUCAGGUUGUUGAUUUUGAAAACUUUGUUGGAUCACUGAAUGACCAGGGUUACCUCUUGAAGAAAGGCCCAAAGGUUUACCAGCUUCAAACAAUGUAAAAUAUAUCACCAAGUCAGGACCUCUUGGAUUUAUUAGCCCAUUAAGCCAUUUCAGUAGUAGGCCAAAAAAAAAAAAAUACAGUUCUUUGAAAUCAACACCCAAACAUAAAGCCAUUGGCGGGGGGUGGGGGUGGGGGAUGUUAGAUAUGGUGAAGAUAUAGUUAGAUAUAGUAAGAUAAGUGAUAAAGGCAUGUUAAUUUUGUAUAACUUUUCUAAAAUGCUAAAAAUAAAUUUACAUUAUUUUAUCCAAAUGAUAUAAAUUAUUUAUAUUUAUGUGUUUGAAUGACCUUAUUUUUAUAAAUAAUUGAUAGUUUUACUUAUCAAAUGUCCAUUUGAGUAAACAUUGCAAAAGUUCCAUUUUAAUAUAUAGUGUUCCAACAUAAAAUGUGAAUGAGUAUCUUUCAGAAAUAAAUUGAAACCAACUUUCAAUUAUUAAAAAAUGGAAAGAUUUUAUACUGACAUGUUUAACUUAACAACUGAGCUACUGAAAAUGUUCUUAACAUCUUAAAUGUAGAGACUGCUUGUGCACUGAAAGUUCUUUGUACUACCGAAGUGCAAACAAGCACCUGUUGGCGUCAUCACACAGCUGGGUGUGGCUUACACUAAGACCCAGCAGUCUGCUCCCUCCUCCAUAGUCCCCAAUUUCUGUUAGUUCCACUUUCUCAUUUCCACCUCUGCUUUCCCCUGAAGAAUUCACUAGUCCUGCUGAGUCCAAUUGAAACAUUGUCUAUUUGCGUCCCACCGUGGACACUGAGAACGAUGUUCUCUUAAACCCUUCUACCUACUUCUACACACCAUUUCUUCUAAUGGGGUAGGUACAGAUCAUCGUUUUUAGUCAUUUUAUUUCUUUGUUUUCUUUAGAGUUAAAAUUUGCCUUAAUUUUUUCUAACUACUUAGAUUUCAGUGCAUCUACCUCUAAUUUGACCUUGAAGCAGCAUG